AUGAAGGCUAUCCACUACUUACAUAAAAGUUUGCAUAUCAUUCACCGUGAUCUUAAACUUGAUAACGUAUUGCUUGAAUUACCUCUCCCACAGCCCAAAGUCUACUUGUGCGAUUUUGGGAUUGCAAAAUAUAUUGGUCGCAAAAGAACAAAUACUUCUGUUGGUACUCUUGAGUACAGUGCACCAGAAGUAUUCAAAACUGAUAUAAAUGGAAAGACAUCAAUUCAACCUUAUGAUUAUAAAUCUGAUAUGUGGUCAUUAGGUGUAAUAACCCAUAUUUUAUUAUCCGGAAUCUCACCAUUCUACUCUGACAGUCGAGAAAGUAUCAUUUGUGCAACUAGAAGUGGGAACUUGAAUUUUGAAAAGCCACAAUUUCGAAAAGUUAGUCAAUCUGCAAAAUCAUUUAUUAAAAGGUUGCUCCUGGUGGAUCCUCAGAAUCGAAUGGAUAUCAAUGAAUGUUUUGAACAUAUUUGGAUAAAAUUGAAUCGGCCAAAACUUGAAAAAUUCUAUCGCGAAAAGAUUGCAUAA